AUGAAUCAAUGGCAUUUAUGUAUUUACCUUUUUUUUCUUCUAUCAACUUUUAAAUCAAGUACAGUCCAUUCAAUUCAAUGUUGUUCAGGUGAUAGUUCAUGUACAGCAGAUCUUGUUGAUUGUCCUGCAAAUGUUUGUUUUAAAUUAGUGUUUGAAAAAGUAACAGAAUACCGUGGAUGUAUGACUGAUCUCUAUAAAAUGCUCGAAUAUCCCACUUUAGGCGGUGGAAAUUUUUAUGAUGAUGGUGGAUCAUCGAAUGAUCAAUGUCAAAAAAUUAAUACACUUGGAUCUGGAAUGUCUUUAUGUAAAUGUACUAGUAAUUUAUGUAACUCAUCUUCAAAAUCUUCUUAUAUUUCAUUUUUGAUUUUGAUUUUUAUCCUUUUGGUUGUUUAUCUAUGUCCUUGUGUCUUUCUUUAA